AUGACCCCCGGCUCGAUGUGCCGCUACUUCUACCGCAAGGUCGUCCUCUCUGACUCAGCCGACAUUGCCAUGCUUAUCACUAAUUUACGGUACGGCGCCGUGGCCUUCGCCACGGCGAAGGGCCGUGUGUGGAGGCUGGUGCCCUCGCGCCACUGCAUCGCCAAGGCCGGGACUAAGUGUGCCAUGUGGCCGAGGCCGCCCUCGCGCGACAGCAUAGAGGACGCCAUCCACCACGACGGCAGGUUCUACUCGAUUACUUACUCCGGCGAGGUGGAGGUGUGGGAGCAGGACGCCGAUGGUACCGGCGUGUUCACCAGUGUUGUGGUAGCACCAGGGCAGCCCUGGUGCAACCACUGCAAGUACCUGGUGAUGGGGCCGGGUGGUCGGCUAAUGGUCGUGCUCAAGCAGUCUGAUAAGAUCACACAUCGGUUGACAUUCAAGGUGCAGGUCCUUGACGCUGGUGCAGAGCAAUGGAAGGAGGCGGACGACAUCGGCGACGCAGCGCUGUUUGUUGGGGUGAACGGUUUGCUGUGCGUGUCGACGAGGGAGCACCCUGAGCUUAGGGCCGGCUGUGUCUACUACACCGCCGACGAUCUGUCGCUGUGCUACCCCGACAACCAGCGUAGCGCCGGGGUGUUCAGCCUCAAGGACAGCCGGGAGGAGAAGGUCGAGGGCCUUGGGCCGCAUCGGAACAAGCCGCCACCGGCAUGGUUCACGCUUUGCAUCCCAUGA